UCGGGGCGGCUCCGCGGCGGCCGCGGUGUCCCCCGGGCUCGGCAGGGUCCGAGCGCUCGCUACUCGGCCCGGCCUCUCAGCCGCAGGGGUCGCUCAAUGUUGUUUCUAAGUGUGAGCUGCCUCUGGAGGGACCCCCGGGUUUGGGGAGCCCUGGAAGCUUCUUUCACUGGUAACGCGCUCUGUGUGGGUGGUUGUGGAGUCCGAGAGACGCCACACCUGCCCUCUGAACAGCACUAUGUUUGUGCUUUGGUGCCUUAGCAAAGACAGCGAGCCCCUGCUUCAGGUUUUCUGCGUUAUUUUUCACAAAUAUUUCAUUUGUAAAUGAAUGUGCAGCCCAGGCUGGAUCCAAGCCCUCGGAUUUGGAGCAAGGCGAAUUGAGAAGCACGAGGCUGCAAGAUGUCGGGGCGGAGCGGGAAGAAGAAAAUGUCCAAACUGUCGCGCUCGAGCAGGGCCGGAGUGAUUUUCCCCGUGGGGAGGAUGAUGCGCUACCUGAAGAAAGGCACCUACAAGUACCGCAUCGGGGUCGGGGCGCCCGUGUACAUGGCAGCUGUCAUAGAGUACCUCGCAGCUGAAAUCCUGGAGCUGGCAGGAAACGCGGCGCGGGACAACAAGAAAGGAAGGAUUGCCCCCAGACACAUCCUCCUGGCAGUUGCAAAUGAUGAGGAGCUGAAUCAGUUGCUCAAAGGUGUGACUAUUGCAAGUGGAGGUGUCCUGCCCAGAAUUCAGCCUGAGCUUCUAGCCAAGAAACGGGGUGCCAAAGGCAAAUCUGAGACCAUCCUUUCCCCUGCUCCUGAGAAGAAAGGGAGGAAAUCCAUGGUGAACAAAAAGAGUGGGAAGAAGGCAAAGUCUACCAAGGCCCGGACGUCCAAAAAGAGCAAACAAAAGGACAAUGAAAAAGAAGGAGCUUCAAAUUCAACAACUGAAGAUGGACCUGGGGAUGGUUUCACUAUCUUGUCCUCCAAGAGCCUUGUACCAGGACAAAAGCUUUCUCUGACACAGAGUGACAUCAGCCAUAUUGGCUCCAUGAAAGUAGAAGGCAUCGUUCACCCCACAACUGCUGAAAUAGACCUCAAGGAGGAAAUAGGCAAGGCACUGGAAAAGGCUGGAGGCAAAGAGUUCUUGGAAACAGUGAAAGAGCUUCGCAAAUCUCAAGGACCUUUGGAAGUUGCUGAAGCUGCACUCACUCAGUCUAGCGGCCUAGCGGCAAAGUUUGUCAUCCACUGUCACAUCCCACAGUGGGGCUCGGACAAGUGUGAAGAGCAGCUCGAGGAGACUGUCAAGAAUUGCUUAACAGCUGCAGAAGACAAGAAGUUGAAGUCUGUGGCUUUCCCCCCGUUUCCCAGCGGCAGAAACUGCUUCCCAAAACAGACGGCAGCCCAGGUGACCCUCAGAGCUAUUUCCACCCAUUUUGAUGGCACCAGCUCUUCCUCCUUGAAGAACAUUUACUUUCUGCUCUUCGACAGUGAAAGCAUUGGCAUCUACGUGCAAGAAAUGGCCAAGCUAGACACGAAGUAGCAAUGGCAGCCAAAUGAAACUUUAUUUUUCAACAAACUUGAGUAGCAUUAAAAGCAUUAGAGGUGGGUUUUAUUUUUUCAAUGUGACGAUGAGGGGGAGUGGUAGUAGUGUGACGUGUUGUGACUUGAUGGAGAGCUGUGAUUAGAGAUGAGAGGGGUUUAGUCUGAUUUCUUCAUGCCAUUUUUAUCACCUUAAGCAGUUGAGUUAUCAUCUGGCUUCAGGAGUUUAGUGUCCUUUGUUACUUUAGUUUAGAAGUUUUUAAAGAGUAACCUCAUUUUAGAUUUGUAGCGAUGAUUUCUUCACACACACACACACACAUGCCACUUUCAAGAAAGCUCUUAAAUAUGUUCUGCUCCUUUUUCCCCUCCAUUGAGGGUAGAUGGUAAACUUCUGCCUUCAGCCCACAGAGAGGUGAAAAGGGUUUUAGAAGUGAUGCAUGAGGAGCUUCUGUUUUGCUUUUAGCUCACAAUAACUUCUGUAAUUACUGAGAAUAUUUCAUGGUGAUUUUGUUUGUUUUAUAAGAAAAAAAGAAAAAGA